UGCAGAACUGCUCCUAAAACGGCUACCGGGUGGCGUGCGCUUGCCUCUUGUCAUACAUCCCUUCUCGUCAGCGCUGUGCUGUCCACUCCUCUCAGUUUUAGCUUGUGAACGACUGCUCCGGGUGGUAAAACGCUCAGCGGCAUGCCGGUUUGUGUAUUUUCAACGAGCUUAAUUUUUGAAAUAUGACUCAGCGUAAGAGAAUAAUCAAGCUUGCAGGCAUCUGGUGCGUGUGAUCUGUAAGGAGGCAGCAGCGAAGAUGGAGCUGCCCGACGGCUCGUUGCUGCCGGUCAGCAAUGGAGAGCAGUGGUGCAACAGCUGGAAACAUCCCAACGAAGACCCUGACCGCAGCACCAGUCCGUCAGUCCUGCGCUCUUGUGCCAUGACGUGGAAGGAGGGCCUGCUGAACAGGAAGCGGCCAUUUGUGGGCCGAUGCUGUCACUCCUGUACACCUCAGAGCUGGGAACAAUUGUUCAACCCCAGCAUUCCAUCUCUGGGCCUUCGUAACGUCAUCUACAUCAACGAGACCAACACGAGACAGCGGGGCUGGUUGGCGCGCAGGCUCAGCUAUGUGCUGUUCGUUACGGAAAGAGACGUCCACAAGGACAUGUUCACCAGGAAUGUGGUCGACAAUGUGCUCAACAGCAGCAGGGUGGAGUCUACCAUUUCGAAGGUUGCUGCAGAGUCGGAGGCUCCAGUCAGCCAGCCAGUCAGUAAAGUGAAGCAGAAAGCCAGAGCCGUCCUCCAGGAGAUGGUGGCCAACGUUUCCCCGCCGUUCAUCAGGCUGACUGGGUGGGUUCUCCUCAGGCUGUUCAAUGGCUUCUUUUGGAGCAUCCAGAUCCACAAAGGACAGCUGGAGAUGGUGAAGAAAGCUGCUGCAGAGCGAAAACUGCCCAUGAUUUUCCUCCCAGUCCACAAAUCCCACAUCGACUACCUACUCAUCACGCUGAUUCUGUUCUGUCAUAACAUCAAGGCGCCCCACAUCGCAGCAGGAAACAAUCUCAGCAUCCCGAUCCUCAGCACUGUGAUUCGUAAACUCGGUGGAUUUUUCAUCCGGCGGAGAAUGGAGGAGACAGCGGAUGGAAAGAAAGACAUUUUGUACAGGUCGCUGUUGCAUACAUACACAGAGGAGUUAUUGAGGCAGCAGCAGUUUUUGGAGGUCUUCCUGGAGGGUACGCGGUCCCGCAGCGGGAAGCCGUUUCCACCCCGCGCAGGCAUGCUGUCCAUCGUGGUCGACACGCUGCUCACAGGGGCAAUCGGAGACGUGCUGGUCGUACCAGUUGGCAUCUCGUAUGACCGCAUUAUUGAAGGCAACUAUAACAGCGAGCAGCUGGGUAAACCUAAGCAGAAUGAGAGUUGGUGGGGAAUAGCGUGUGGAGUGUUUCGGAUGCUAAGGAAAAACUACGGUUGUGUUCGAGUUGAUUUCAACCAGCCCUUCUCCCUAAAGGAGUACCUGGACACCCAGAGGAGCCGUCAUGUUCCCCCUCCAGUGUCCCUGGAAAACGCCUUGAUGCCAUACAUCAUCUCUGCACAGGCUGAUGGUCAGUUUGAUGAGCAGGAAGAGGAAGCGAUGGACAGAGAAGUCCCAGACGAACUCUUUAGACGACACGUCAUCAACAACCUGGCCAAGCACGUCCUCUUCACUGCUAAUAAAUCAUCAGCCAUUAUGUCAACUCACAUUGUGGCCUGUCUGCUUCUGUACCGACACAGACAGGGGGUUGUUUUGACCAAGCUGGUGGAGGACUUCUUCAACAUGAAGGAGGAGAUCCUGUCCCGGGACUUUGACCUGGGUUUUUCAGGCGACUCCGAGGAUGUGGUCAUGCGUGCGCUGCACCUCCUGGAAAAAUGCAUCAACGUGACCGGCAGCGCCAACCGCAACGGAGAGUUCACCAUCGCAGCUUGUCAGACCGUACCCGCGCUCUUCGAGCUCAACUUCUACAGCAACGGCCUUUUCCACGUCUACAUUCCGGACGCCAUCAUCGCCUGCAGCAUCCUGUCACUGCAGCGAGAUCUCAUCACAGAGUCUCCUCACCAACCGAGGGACUGCAGCAGCCUCCUGCUCAGUCAGGAGCGUCUCAUCCACAAGGCGGCAGGUCUCUCCCACUUCCUGACCAACGAGGUGGCGGUGGCACCACCCUGCCAGACUAUUUACCAAGUUUUGAACGAUGCAGUGACCCGACUCAUCCAGUGUGGGGUCCUCUAUGUGGCUGAAGAGGACCAGGAGGAAAUGAACUCCAGCCCAACCGAGGAACCCUGGCCUAAGAAGUUCUCCGAGCCGCUCUCCUGGAGAAGCGACGAAGAGGAUGAAGACAGCGACUUUGGGGAGGAGCAGCGAGAUCGCUACGUGAAGGUGAGCCUGGCAGCAGAGCACCAGGAGUUCUUCAUCUUCCUGCAGCGCCUGCUCAGUCCAGUACUGGAGGCCUACAGCGGCGCCGCCGUGUUUGUUCACGGCUUGAGUCAACCGAUGCCUGAGUCCGACUUCACCCUGAGGCUCUUCAAAUACCUGCUGACACGGACAGAGAGAGGCGUGGCUGCUUAUGGUGAAAGUGCAACUCACUAUCUGGUUAAGAACACGGUGAAGACAUUCAAAGAGCUUGGGGUCCUGAAGGAAAGGCAAGAAAACCGAGUGUCAGUUCUGGAGCUCAGCAGCACCUUUCAACCUCAGGCCAACCGGAAUAAACUCCUCCAAUACAUCUUAAGCUUCACGCUUCUGUGACUGGGGAACCUUUAAGACCCCUCACCUUUACAAAGGGCUUCUACUGGUUACUUUGAAACAAUCCCAGGUGCUAGUCUGCGGAAAGCUUUACCGGGAAGUGCCUUCACGCGUCGGCCGCUAACUCUCCGCUGUCAGCUGGAAGAGACCUGAAGCCAGUCUUCCUCCCUUUUCUUUCCAGCCGGAAGAGGUACCUCCAGGUAUCCCCGCGUUUUUUUUUGGUGACUUUGCCAACAUAGUUUAAAUGUUUUGACCUGGUCAAAGAUUUGAAUUGUGUGUAUAUAAGAAGAAAACGAUGACAUCAAUCUGAAAAGAAGAAAGCUACCUUUGCAUAGGAAAUGACAAACAGGAGAAUUUUAUGUUGAUUCUUUCUGCUUGUAUGUAAAAGCUGCUAAAAUGUCUUUAGUGCACUCUAGUAUCGACUAUAAGGAAAAUAAAAAUGUAGUUUGUCUUCAAAAGCAAAUUCCUGUACAUAAGUCUCGGUUGUAGUGUAAAAAAUGCGCACAAUCUGGGGAGUCGAUUAAUGUUUUCCAGUCGCAACAUGUAAAUAUUCUGAUAUUUCUUGAGAAAAACGUGUUUAAAUCUCUCGGUACCGCUGAGGUCAGCAGUUCUGUACAGUUUCUGGUUUCAGUUAUCGAAGCAUUCAGCUGCAAAAUCGUUCAGAUGUACAGAAAUACAGAAAGUGCCUCUCAAUAAGUCAGUGUCUUUGUGAAGUCCGUUUCUUUCAGUAAUUUAGCCCAGAAAGUGAAAUAUAAAUUAAUUCCACACAGCAAUGUUUUGCUAUAAGCCAAGAUCUUCAAAAUUAACACCAUUUAGUUUCACUUUUUAAUCGAGUUACUGAAAUAAUCUGACUUUUCGAUGAUUUUCUCAUUUACUGAGAUGCACCUGUAUGAACUGAUCGGAUGCAAUCAGCAGCUAAGUGCAUUUAAUCCACUGUUCUCUUAAGUGCAUUCGGUUACACUUUUAUCUAGACUUUUAAUCAGUAAUAAUCCUUCUGCAGCAACUGUUCAAUGAAUGUUACGUCACGCAGCGCCAGCCAUCACAUCAUUUAAACGCAGCCACCUCUGAAACUCCCUAAAGCAUGAAUAUUUAAUCCAACGCAGCAGAUUCUUCCAACGACGCGUUACUGAAGGAGCUACUCAGUUUGUGGAAAAUGUCACAUGGAGAAAUCAUGAACCGGUCUGUGGAAGAGGGAUGGCGAGAAAUAAAUGUUAAUGUUUUAGGUUGUUAGAUGAAAUCAUUGCCACAAACACACGUUCAGCUGCCCAGUUAAAUCCAGAGCAUUUCUACAUUUCGCUCAAAUUAGAGAGUAA